CCAAAUAUCAAUUUCUUAAUUUUAUAAUUAUGAAGAAGACACUAAUAAUAACAUUUUUCACACUCUGUUUGAGCGUGGCCGUUAUGGCGCGUCACGAGUCCUACUACGGCAAAACCAAACCGGCUAAUCUGAAGGAGGAGAAAGUGACUCGUGUCCAAUUCUAUCUCCAUGAUACCCUCAGUGGCCGAAACCCUACCGCCGUUAGAAUCGCACAUGCCAAUCUCACUGGCGGCACAGAGUCUCCGGUGGGUUUUGGAAGCUUGUUUGCAAUAGACGAUCCACUCACCGUCGGACCGGGAAAACAUUCGAAAGAGAUCGGGAACGGUCAAGGGAUGUAUGUCUCCGGGAGCAAAGAGUUGAGCAAAUUCUCGAUUGUGAUGUACGUCGAUUUGGCUUUCACGACCGGAAAGUUCAAUGGAAGCUCGAUUAGUAUCUUCUCGAGGAAUCCGGUGGCGGAAGAGGCCGGAGAGCGAGAGAUCGCGAUAGUUGGUGGCCGUGGGAAAUUCAGAAUGGCGAGAGGUUUCGUCAAAAUAAAAACACAUAAGAUUGACAUGAAAACCGGUGAUGCUGUUCUCCGAUAUGAUGCGACUGUUUAUCAUUAUUAACCCAUAUAAUGUUCCAAUCAAACUAAUAAAAAAGCCAACUAAGU